AGCCUUUUUGACGUCUUCAGGCUUCCGUACUGCUACAGAUGGCGCUUCUAGAGAUGCGGAUAUUUUAGGUUUAUGCUAUUUCUCCUAGAUGUUAAUAUCACAAUAACACGGUGUUUUAUUCAAGGUGGAAAUCGGACGGACUACAUCCCAAAUAGACAUAUCAUUUCGUAUUCGGAGACGAGUGACAUUUCCUUUGUUUUGUGUGCUGUUGUGUGUGCUCCAUCAUGGCUGUGGUCAUCCGAUUACAGGGGCUCAGAACCACGGCUGGUUCUGAGGACAUUCGCAAUUUCUUCACUGGCCUCAAAAUCCCUGAUGGUGGGGUUCAUAUAAUUGGUGGGGAGCUUGAUGAAGCGUUUAUGAUAUUUGCAUCUGACGAAGAUGCGAGACGAGCCAUGACGCGCUCUGGGGGCUGCAUUAAGGGCUCCCCUGUUAACUUGCUUCUGAGUAGCAAGUCAGAAAUGCAGAAGGUUCUUGAGGAGAGCACUAGAAGGUCUGAGUUGAAAGGCAGGGGGAUGUACGAGGAGGGUGGUAAAAGACCUUCUAUGGAAACAGGUCCUCCGCAGUUCAAUAAAGACCCGAGAGCAGACAUGCGAAGGGUAGACCAUCAAGAGAGGAACAGACCCUCUCCAAAUUCUUUCGGUGACACGCAAAGCCAGAGGGAAGGGGCCGUGUCUGAGAUGGAUGAUGUUUAUCUAAAGUUGAAUGGGAUGCCGUACUCCGCAACCAAAGAAAAUGUGCGUAACUUUUUUGAUGGGUUACAAAUUGAAGAUAUGCUCUUUUUGAGGAAUCAUCGUGGAACAUUCAACGGACAAGCUUUUGUACGGUUUGUUACUGCAGAGGAUGCCAUCGAAGGUCUGAAGAGAGAUCGAAAAUACAUGGGACCACGGUACAUACAAGUAACAAGAUGCUCAGAAGAGCAGUGGCUGAUGGCAGGGGGGCUUGUUAGACCAGACGGUUCAAAGAGACAAUCCUUAGAUCGGACGAGAUCUCAAUCUCCUGCUUCCUACAGGUCACGGUCUCGUUCCCCCUCCAGUGAUGAAUACUGUGUCUUGUUUGAAAACUUGGCUAUUGGUAUUGAGAAGAGAGAUUUGAGGGCACUGCUUAAUCCGAUUUCUUUGAAGGAUGACCAAAUUAUUAUCUUUGCCCAAAAACAGGACGAUAGGACCAAGUCGGCUAUCGUGGUGUUUAGAAAUCUUACAGAUUAUUGCGCUGGCUUGGCUCAUCAUAAGGACACAUUGCUGCAUCGUGCCGCGUAUGCGUCACCCAUCUCCAAGGAAAAAAUGGUUGGCAUGUUGGAAUCGUCUGUUGACGGACAGAAUGACAGAAAAGGGUUGAAGCGAUCAGCUGACGUGCCCCAGGCUCAAAGAGAUGCUCCGGACUCGGAGAUGAAAUGUGUCUACGUACGCAACCUGCCCUUUGAUGUUCGGAAAGUGGAGAUCAUGGACUUCUUCCAUGGAUUCGCGCUCUCUGAGGAUAGGGUUAUUUUAUUGCAUGAUGAAAGAGGAGCUGGGCUUGGUGAAGCUUUGGUGAUCUUUCAGUCGGAGGAGGCGGCCGUAACGGCACAGUCCCUGAAUGGACGGAGGUUUCUUGGAUCACAAGUCAUGCUCAAGUGCAUUACAAUGGCCCAGAUGAGGGAAUUUGGCGUGAAUGACCACUCAACGGUUAGCCCGCAAGGACAGAACUAUCCGAGACCACAAGAAGUUUUCAAUGAUGGUCCUUGCUUUAAUACCCAGAUGCAGCCAGAUGAUUGUAAUAUGCAGCGUGGUUAUGGAGGUGAUUGCUUUGAGCCUAAUUUUAACCGUAAUAAUGCAUUUAGACCGGGACCGGAUGGUAAUGGCCAUCAUGGGUACGGAAAACCUGACCAACAGUUUGAGGGACCGACGUGUAUCAAAUUGCUCAAUCUACCCUCGCAGAUAAGAAUCGAUGAGAUUUAUGACUUCUGCUAUGGAUACAGAGUGAUCCCAGGAUCUGCCUCGUUGCUGUAUGAUAGAAACGGAGCUCCCAGGCGGUGUGCGACUGUGGUUUUUGAAACCCACAGAGAGGCACUCACUGCUCUGCAGGAAUUAAAUGGAAGACCAAUUGGCACCAGGAAAAUUCAGGUUGUGUUUGAGUAAAUAUGCACUCAGAAUGCAGUUUCACAGGAACUGGUGAAGUGUGUCUUUGUUGUCUUAAGUCAAAAAGGACAACAAAUAAAGGAAUGUGCAAGUAAAAGCAUGUUUUUUUCAUACUUUUUUUAGUUAGAUUCUUAAAUUUGCUGAUAAAGUACUGCUUUGCUUUAUAACACCACAUUAUGCUAUAACAGUUACCAUCAUCUGAUUUCAAAUAUUGUGCUGUGCUUGGCCACUUUUGAUCCAAGUUCAGUGUGUUUUAUGGUUUUCUUCAGACUACUAUUUUGUUUCUUUUUUCAUUGUACAAAUGUCAGUAAUAUUAGCUGUCUGAUUAAGAAAAAGAUUUAACAUGUGUUCUUGAUAACAUCCCUGUGAAAUUGUGUCAACUGUUUUCUCAUCCACUGAAAAUCAUUUGUUUGUCAUUUUGAAAUUAGUUUUGUUAUUGACGCUUCUUUUACUUUCAUUCUUGAUAAAGAAGUCAGUAUUAUCCAGUGAACAUUCUAAUAAUUAUGUAAAUGUGAUUAAAUAACAUUUCUGUAUGAUUGGUGAAUUCUU